CGACGUCAUCCAUCACUUGUCUUCAUCUAUGGUCAGCUAUCUAGUCGCCAUCUUUUCCAUUUGCACCGAUAUUUCCACGCAAAUUUCCUUAAAUUUGGAAAACCGCUGGAUACAAAUUGCUGAUUAGUGAACCGUUUGUGUUAGUGUACCUUAAAAGCAGCAUAAACUAUCUGGUCGAGUCACAGCGAAAUUGGCACACAUCACUAUGGCUGAUAGUGACGACGAGUACGACAGGAAAAGGCGAGACAAGUUCCGGGGUGAGAGGGCGGAGGCCAAUUAUAGGGGCACUGAUCGCGCUGCUAGACCCAGGGAUGAAUGGCCUGAACGGGAGAACUGGCCUAGACCUAGACCAAGGGAAUACAGGCCCAGAGACAGGGGCUACUCACCAGGCAUGGAGCCCAACACCAAACGCAUGAGGCAUGACUACUAUGGAGGAGAAAGCUACUAUAAUCACUACCCAUCUUAUCAUCAAGCGGCCCAUAGUUUUCAACGCAGUUUUUUCUUCAGAGAACCCGCAGGAGUGCCAGUCACUCAGGGUGAGGGUCAGCAACCCCCCAUGAUGUCGUUCAAAGCAUUUCUAGCCACUCAGGAUGACAACAUUUCAGAUAGCGAAGCGAUUGAGAAAUACAACGACUACAAGCUGGAAUUCCAGAGACAACAGUUGAAUGAGUUCUUCGUUGCGCAUAAAGACGACGAAUGGUUUAGAAUCAAGUAUCAUCCGGAAGAAUCGGUAAGGCGCCGCGAAGAACAGGCGACAGCCUUGAAGCGCCGCCUAGAAGUGUUUGUGGACUUGCUCAAUUCCGGCAAAAUCGAGAGCACCACUGUCGACUGUUCUCAGACGACCAAUCUUCUGAAGCUCUUGGAUACUGUGGUGAUUAAACUGGAAGGGGGCACUGACGAGGACUUGGAGUUGCUUGAAAAUGAGUAUAAAGAAAUGGAGGCAAAAUACCGGGAACAGAAGGAGAAGGAGGCAGCAGCUGAAAAGGCAAGAGAAGCCAAGGCUGCAGAGGAUGCAAAGAAAAACCACGAAAAAUCAUCGGAGGAAGUGAAGGUAAAGCUCGAGAAUGAGGACCCGAAAGCAGAAGCCAAGACAAACGGCGAGAAAAACAACACUGACGAUGAGGCAGGAGAACUGGUUGACAAAGAGGAUGGGGAAACUGAUGAAAAGAGCCAAGAUGGACAGUCGGAGGUAGUGGAAAAAGGUGCUUUAGAUACACAAGAAAAAGAGAAAUCGGUCACUGAGCCAGAGCCCAAACCACAAAGCCCAGCCGCCGAGGAACCAAAAGAUGUAGAGAUGAAGGAUGAAAGCGACCAGGUCUCUAAGAACGCCGAAGAAGACGGAGCUGCAAAGAACAAUCUGGAGGAAAGUUCCACGAAGCAGAAUGAGAAGCCUGCUAAGGAGAAGAAGAGAAAGCGCUCCUACUCAGGAAGCAGCAGCUCUUCGUCAAGCUCCAACAGCUCAAGUGACGACGAAAAUCCCGAGGAAAAAACCGAAAAAAAGGACCCAGAAGACGGCAAAGAAAAAGAGAAAAAAGAGGCAGAUGAUGGGGACAACACUGAGAAGGAUGAUGUCGAAGUCAUUAUAGACGAUAAACCGGAAAAACCACGAGCCCUGCAUAAAACUACAUCGAUAUUCUUAAGAAAUCUGGCACCCACAAUCACCAAACAGGAAGUCGACGCUAUUUGUACCAGGUACCAUGGAUUUUUGCGAGUUGCUCUUGCUGAUCCGCAGCCGGAAAGACGUUGGAUGCGCCGCGGAUGGGUUACCUUUAAACGUGACGCAAACAUCAAAGAGAUUUGCUGGAAUCUCAAUAACAUCCGGUUGAGGGAGUGCGAGCUCGGCGCAAUUGUUAAUCGGGAUCUAAGUAGAAGAAUUCGACCUGUCAAUGGUAUCGUGGCCCACAAGCAGGUCGUUCGAUCGGACAUCAGAAUCGCUGCCAAAGUUACUUUGAACUUGGACGCCAAGGCCGGGUUGUGGGUGGAAGAUGCCGACAAGAAGGAUAAACCACAGCAAACGUUUGGAUUGGUUUCGAACAACCCAGUUCUACACAACAUUACUGACUAUUUAAUAGAGGAAGCCAGCGCAGAGGAAGAGGAAUUGUUGGGGCUGGAACCCACGUCGGAGAAUCAAGAGGCGGUCACUACAGUUGAUAGAGAUGAAAAUCUUAUCGGGGUUUUGGAUAGAAUUAUUCUGUAUUUGAGAGUAGUUCAUUCAGUCGACUAUUACAAUCACUGCGAAUACCCGAAUGAAGAUGAAAUGCCAAACAGAUGCGGCAUUUUGCAUGCACGGGGUCCACCCCCAACUUCCAAAACGGACAUGACGCAAUUUAUUGGGACCGCGAUCGAGUCAAAAAUGUCGAAUUUCCUGCCCGAGAAGCCGACUGAGGACAAAGACAAACAUGAAUCCAAGCUGGUGUUUAUGGCGUUGAAAGACGUUGAUACGGAGGUGGAUAAAUUUGUGCAGGCAAACACUCGAGAAUUGGCGAAAGACAAGUGGCUUUGUCCAUUAUCGGGGAAAAAGUUCAAAGGUCCAGAUUUCGUGCGCAAGCAUAUCUUCAACAAGCACGAGGAGAAAAUUGAAGAAGUUAAAAAGGAAGUUGAAUUCUUCAACAACUAUCUGAAGGACCCCAAGCGCCCGAUGCAGUCGGAUUCUCCACAGCCAAGGCGAGAAGAAACUCCAGCAUUCAAUCACUCGAGUUAUGGAGGAUUUGGAGGCGGCGGCGCUGGAGGUGGAUAUGGCAGGCCACAGCCUUAUUACAAUCAAGGAUUUGGACAAAGAUCCCGAGGUUACGCACCUAGAGCAAGAGGAGGACCUGGUGACUUUGGCAGGCCGAUAAUCCACUAUAGAGACUUGGACGCUCCCAGGGAACCUGAGGAAUUUAUCUAAAUAUUUACCAUCCGUCACAUUUUAUACCCCUAAAUAUACGCGUUUUCAAAGUUCAAGCUUGAAUAUACAGCAAACUGAAUUCAUGUAUAUUAAUUAUUUUAAGAAUCAUUAAAACACGUUAAAUUGUCUUAAGUUGAAUAGAACUUUUAAUGCAAUGAUGUUUGAGGAAUAAUCGAUGCAGUUGCGGGGUGAAUCUGCUUUUCUUCAUUUAAUCCACCUCGACGAAGGCACUAAUUGUAAGUUUAGAUGCGACUACUGUGAAUAUCAGGUAUUUGUAGUUUUAUUAAAGGAAUAGGAACAAUUUGUGUCUA